GGAAUUACUAGGGAAAUGUUAGAGAAAGCCAAAAAACAUGCUAAUUUUAGAUUAGUAAUAUUAGAUGGGAAAAUUUAUAUUGAACGAUAUGAAAAAUACUCUAUUCAAACUAGACAUUUAUUCACAAUGUAUGGUAUUGUACAACUUCUAAGGUGGUACCCUGGGAAAUUGCCUAAUUUGGAGAUCAUGUUUGACACUAAUGAUCGGCCGGUCAUCGCCGCCAAAGACUUCCGGCAACCUAACUCCGGUCCACCACCGUUGUUCCGGUACUGUUCAGAUUGGCGGAGUAUGGAUAUUGUUUUCCCUGAUUGGUCAUUUUGGGGAUGGGCAGAGACAAAUAUAAGGCCAUGGAGAAGUAUGGUGAAGAACAUAAAAGAAGGGAAUAAGAGAAGCAGUUGGAAGGAGAGGAUACCUUUUGCUUAUUGGAGGGGAAAUCCUAAUGUUUCUCCAAUUAGGAAAGACCUUAUGAAGUGUAAUGUUACUCCAAAACAGAAUUGGGAUACUCUCCUAUAUAUCCAGGAUUGGGUUGAUCAAUCCAAAAAGGGGUACAAGGAAUCAAAUAUUGAAGACCAAUGCACACACAGAUUCAAGAUAUAUGUAGAAGGAUGGGCAUGGUCUGUGAGUGAGAAGUACAUAUUUGCCUGUGAUUCUCCGACAUUAUACAUAACACCACGUUACUAUGAUUUCUUCAUGAGAGGGAUGAUCCCACAGCAGCAUUACUGGCCCAUUAGAGAUACUGAUAAAUGCAAGUCUUUGAAGUUUGCUGUUCAAUGGGGAAACAAUCACACCGAUAAGGCACAAGCCAUAGGGAAAGCAGGAAGUGAUUUUAUUCACGAAGACAUGAAGAUGGAACGAGUUUUUGAUUACAUAUACCAUCUGCUGAAUGAAUACGCGAAACUGCAGAAGUUUGAUCCAAUCGUUCCUCCAAAUGCAAUUGAAAUAUGUUCAGAAUCAUUGGCAUGUCCUUCCGAUGGUAUUUGGAGGAAGUUUAUGGAAGAAGCGUUAGAGAAGUCUCCAAGUUAUACUGAACCAUGUACACUUCCACCACCUUAUAACCCCCAACAACUUAAGGCCUUUAUUGAACAGAAAGUUAAGGCCACAAAGCAAGUGGAGGCAAUGGAGGAUGAGUACUGGUCCCGGCUAAACAAGAAGCACUAG